UCUGAGGAUGUUAUAUUUUAAGUAAAGUCUUUCAUGGUUGAGGAUAGUUUAUUGCAUAGGUGUCGAGGAAACAUACGUAUUUUAAAGGGGCUUUCUAACGGUAAUCCGGAGUUUUCACUUGCGUAUGAGAAAAAGAGUUAGUUCAUAAGUUUGACUUCAGAAAAAAAUGUGAGUCGAUCGUUUUUUGUUAAAAUUUGGAAAUCUGAAAACGCGUGAGUCAAAUGCAGAAUUAUGAGUCCAGGGACGUGAAAUGCACCAUACGUAAAAAUGUGAACAGGAAAACACGUAAAUUUGUUUCGACCGUGAAGAAGCGAUCUCAAAGGAACUGAUACGUCACGUCAUGUUGACGUAAAACCAUUACACGCCGCUGACACCAUUAUGCAACGCAAAGACGGCUUAUCAACGUGAGGAUGAGCUAUUUGGUAUCAUUACGAGAUCAUUCAACCGUGUGGGAAUAGCGUAAACAAAUAUUACCAAACGUGAUGUGACGUCAGAAAAAUUACAUGAUGCAAGAUAGAAUUGAUUAACCUGUGUAUACCUCCUUAAGUAACGUUGACUUCAUUACGUGAUACGUAUCGCAUUUAAGGACUCAUUGAAAUUGCCACUGGAGUGUAUAGAGUCGAAGUGAAGUCAAAAUGUAUUCUGCGAUUCCAAAGGACUGGCGUCAUGAUUUUGACGUCAACGUCACAAUCCAGGAGCUGAACGAUUCCUUGGCGGAGUUACACGUGCCUACAAUCGCGUUUAUUGCUCUCCUGAUGGUGUUCGGAGUCCUAGGGAACAUACUCGUUCUUUACGUGUACACGAAGAAGUAUCAUCCAUCCACGUACAGAUGCUUCAUCCUGUGGCUGGGUUGGAUCGACCUGGUGGCUUGCACUGUCGGGAUGCCCCUUCUCAUUGUCAGCAUGCUCUUCCCCUACAUGUUCCACUCAGAGGCCGCGUGUAAGACCCUCCGCUUCCUGCACGUGUUCUUCGUGGUCGCGUCCGCCUUCAUCGUGAUCACUAUCGCUAUUGAGCGCCACCGUCGGAUAUGUAACCCGUUUUCACCGGAAAUGUCCACCCGGAAGAUAAAAAUCAUGUGCGCGGUGGCGUCCGUCCUCGGGAGCAUCGUGGCGCUUCCGGCAAUAUUCGUAUACGGAGCCACCGUCGUAGAAACCGGGGUUAACAAUAUAAACGGCACGGAGUGCUUCAUUGACCCGCGGAUGAAGGAUUCAAGUUUCCCAAAAGCGUAUUUCGCCUUGCAGCUGCUACUCAGUGUUUCAUGUAUGGUCGUAAUGGGGAUUUUCUACUUCCGGAUUGGUCGUUCGAUUAUGGCACACCAUAAAUUUAUCCGGGAGAACACGUACAACGCCCGGGGCCCGCUCUCCGGAACCGACCAAAAAAGGAAAACAAAGGAAUCAUUUGCAGAACCCGACAGUGAUAUGGAGUUAGUGAAUGACACAGACAAACAAAAUGGCGCGACCAAUGGAAAUGCUUCAAAUUCACGCGAGAAUUGCCCUGCUCGAUUUUCAUUGGACAAUUCUGAAUCUAAGAAAGACCCGUAUGGGGAACUAUUGAAAAAGGUUGUAAAGGACAAUUCUAGGUCAAACUCACCCAAAUAUGAUCAACAGACACCCGAGUCGGGCGCGUCAACGCCCCAAUCACAGCGGAAGAACAGAGGAAAUAAUCGUUUGGCAACUCCACGUAGUGAAUCAAUAACAAACAGAGGUCCAAGCUUGCGAACAAAGCAAGUGACCCUCAUGUUAUUCAUUAUCACUGUUGUGUUCGUGUUAAGCUUUAUACCACAUUUAAUAUUAAUGGUUACCAUAUCGUUCAAGUCCGAUUUUCUCAUGGAUAUGUCUCCGAUUGGUGUGGCAGUUUACAACAUAUUUCUACGAUCGUUUGUCAUCAACAACAUGGCCAACCCAAUAAUCUACGGUUUUUGUGACAAAAAGUUCCGGUCUGAAUGUUCUGCCGUCUGCUUAAGUUUCGUUUGCUGGUUUUGUAGACGAUAAUUAUGCAUUUAGCAACAGUAAUAAUCAGUUACUAUCGCCUGCACUGCCGCCUGCACACGAUGACUUCGCUUUUAAACAAAUGUGCAAGAUUACAGUAAAUUUGUUUGCCAAAAUAUUUAUCUCUGAUUGGCAUUUUUGAAGAGAUGAACUAUGAAACUGCUUGAAAUUAAUGGUUUCAUUUUAUGACGUGAAACUUUCUUGAUCAAACCUUUAAGAUUGUGGUAUCAGUUUAGUUCUUGUAAAACAAAUAGAUGCACCAGUAUUUUCUCAUUAGAUAUUUGAAUUUAAUGUAUUUGCAGGUAAAGUUUUAAAGGUAUUACUGAUAAAAGAUCAACUAAAUUGUUGAUAUAUUGCAGAUAUGGCUUUUAGAUGGCUCUCGAUGAUGGCUUGUUGUAUCUCUACAUCGACGGAACUUGAUAAUAAUUUUAUGUAUUCAAUCAUUGAUUCCUAUCUAGUCAAUUCUAGGAAACCAUGUUUGUUUAUAUGUAUUGUUUUAAAAUAGCAUAUUUUCAGAAGAGUUUUAAAUGUGCUGUGUUAUUAUUGUCGUCGAAGCCAUUGGGGAUUGUGCUGUACAACUAGUAUUCGGUGUAUCGUAGAAGUCAUUUAUGAACUUUAUUAUACAAAGUAUAUGUGCAAUAUGGUAGAGAAUAAAA